CAUAGAUUGGAAAUUGGAUCAUAUCUUUUUUGAUUGUCAAUUUUCAUAAAUGUAAGAUGUGGAUGUUUAAAAUGAAGAUUUAUGAAGAAUCUUCAUACUGGCUUAUGUUAAGAGUAACUCAAUUUAUUAUUACUGUCUUUUGUUUGAUAUUAGAAAUUAUUCAAGUAAUAUUAUUUAUGUCAUUACUUCAAAACACGGUUCCACUCUCUAUAUACUUUAGCAAUAAUGGCCAGUAUAAAGGAGAAGUCAAGAUUUGGUACUAUAUAGUUAUAGGCUUGAGCGCGAUAGGAUUAGGAUUUUGCAUUGCAUAUUUUAAAAGAUUACAUGAAAAAGGACCAUUCAUCAUUAUCGAAACAAUUUUCUUUUUAUUAUGGCUUUCUUCCGGUAUCGCAAACCUUUAUCCAUUAUAUGAUGGAGGAUUAGUCUGUAAUGCAAAAGGCUAUGACUCAGAAAUAAUUCCGCAUCAAUAUUAUUUAUGGUGCAGAUCAUAUUUGAUUAGUACUUUAUUGAGUUGGAUGAAUACUCUUGCAUUCGUUAUUACAAUAUUAUUUUCUUCGAUUAUAUUAGGACAAAAUGAGAAAAAUGAAACGAUAUUAGAAAGAACCUUAUUUAGAUUUAAACAUUUACGUGAAACUCCAACAAAUAAUCCGCACAUAAUAAAUGUUCAAACUGAUUAAAUUAUUUUUUCGAUUUUGUUUGUAAAAUCAAAUUAAGAGACGAUCGAUAAGAAAUAUUCUUUCUUUUUAAUAACUAAGCAAAUAAGAAAUAAGAAGAAAAUUGUUUAAGCGGGCAAAUUUUAAUAAAAAAA